UCCGUCCGACGCUGUGUGGAGCUGCUCCGGCCGAACGUGAACUGCGAGCAAACCAGGAGACAAAAGCAACAAAGUGACCCCCCUCCGGAUCAAUCAAAUGUGUCAUAUUUAACUAUUUCGGAGCCGAAACCAAGUGAUCACAUCACCACACUUCACACUGUGUGCAGAGGUGGAGAUCCUAAAUGGAGAAGGACAGGCAGACACCCUGUGUCCCAGACAGCUACACACAGACCACAACACCUGCUUGAGAGCUGUGGUAUCCAUGACGACAGCUGCGAAAACUGAUUUUGUUUGACAACGCAGACCUGAUUAUUCGACAUAAAACCCCAAGCUGCUACUAUGGAUGGGGAAGAGGAGGUUCCUCAUUUUGAGGACAUGGUCAGUGAACCGAAUGGCUCCAUCGAAAGCAAAAAAAGGGAGGCAAAAGGGACCUGUCUAAAAAUUGAGGGUCAGGAUGGCUAUGUGUUCAAAUCCUACAGUAUUCACCCUCAUGAGACUGCAGAGUCACCUGCUUGUUCCUCCAUAACACUGGAUAAAGACUAUCCCAAUUCUAUAUAUUUAUCUUCUCAGGGUGACAAAGAAAUGGAGUCAGACAAAGCAAAAGAGCAUGACCUAGCUUCUCCUGCUCAUUCAAACAGAAGCUUGGAGAUGGAAACUGAAGGAAAUAUAGAAAAUGAACAGUAUGAAAAUGGUAAUGAAGAAAACCAACAUAUCAAAGAGGUUGGGCAUGCAAAUGGAAUGGAGGAUGACAUUCAGGAUGAUGAUAGGUUGGCAUUUGGUAGUUCAGUUGGCCCUUUUGUAACAAGAGAUGGUGAUGACUAUAGUAAUUUCCUAAGUGGAUACACAAGUACCCUUUAUGAUGUUGCCAUGGAUGCCGUCACUCAGAGCCUUUUGUCAUCCGUUAGGAGUCAUGCCAAUCCUAGAAAAAAAUCUCCUGCAUGGAAUCACUUCUGCAUAUCGCCACGAGACAGUACCAAAGCAAUCUGUUUAUACUGCAUGAAAGAGUUUAGUCGGGGUAAGAAUGAGAAAGACCUAAGUACAAGUUGUUUGAUGAGGCAUGUACGAAGGGCUCACCCCACUGUGCUUUUACAAGAUGGUCCAGACACAUCCUCAAAUCAUCUGACUAGCUCUUUUGCCUCAUCUUUGAUACCUCCUUCCCCAACCUCACCAAAUAAUGGAGACUUGACUAAUAGUGUCAUUACUUCUGCCUCAAAGAUCACUUCACCGUCCACUUCCUCAGCUGAAAAUUCAGACUUGUCAUCCAAAGAAGUGUUACCCAAAGUUGAGCCAAAACUCGAACCGUAUAUUAACACAGACACUAUUUGCAGCAUACUCUCAUCCUCACAUUCCACUGAAAACAAUGGCGAAGACAUGUUAGACGUAGGGCCUGAACGCCUUCCUGGGACCCCAAAAAGUGCUAGUUCACGUCGCAGAUCAGCUGUAUGGAAACACUUCUACCUUUCCCCUAUAGACAGUUCCAAAGCAGUAUGUAUCCAUUGCAUGAAUGAAUUUAGUCGGGGUAAAAAUGGGAAAGACUUGGGGACGAGCUGUCUCAUUCGUCACAUGUGGAGAGCCCACAAAGAGGUUGUAAUUGAGGAAAACGGGCAGGGCAAUCAUAUUCCUCCACCUUACACAAACCCACCCUCACUUUUGUCCCGCCCACAGUUACAGGAUCCACUUGAAGUAAAAAAAGAAUCACCCUUUUUUCCAUCCUCACCAGAGACCAUGUCAGACGAAUUACCCCAAAGCAUGAAUAUUAAAGAGGAACCUGAUGAGGUGCUGGCUCUCUCAGGGCAGGAGUCUUCUCUCAAUCUCUCAUUCAGACCUCAGGGGGAGGAUACACCUUUAACGUCCUCUCCAUGUGAUCUGUCUGAGGGCCCAAGCCUCACUCUGGAUCACUCAGUUUUUCAACAAAAUAAGAAAAUAAUGAAACGAGUGAAAUCUGAAGUGUGGCACCAUUUUAUUGUGUCGCCAGUUGACCAGUUAAAAGCACUGUGCCGUUACUGUCCGUGUGUUAUCAGUAGGGGAAAAAGGGGUGACUUUGGUACAAGCUGUCUGAUGAGGCAUCUUAUGAGGCGCCAUCCAGAUGUCCUCAAGAACCAAAAAAGCACAGAUGACAAAGAAUCCUCCCCACAUCCCUUCAUCAACCUUGCUGCAACAGACGCUGUUUCUGCCCAAGAACCUGAAAGCCCUUCCAGUGAGCAGAAAACACAGGCCAUGCCUGUUUUCAGUAAAAAGACAUCAAAACUGUGGAAUCAUUUCUCCAUUUCACCUACUGACCCCACAAAGGUGGUUUGUUUGCACUGUAGCCGCACAAUAAGCAGAGGCAAAAAAACUACAAACCUUGGCACAAGCUGCCUUUUUAGGCACAUGCAGAGGUUUCAUGGACAUGUUCUUGAAAGUAAGAAUGCUAUCUCAGGUGAUGUGCCGUCUGCUGAAAUACAUGUAAAACAAGAGCUCAUGGAGACUUCUGCUUAUGAGGAGAACCCAGAGAAGUUUGAUGAACACCACCCGGUUGCCAAAAAAAUCACCAAACUUAUUGCAGAAAUGCUCGCACUGGAUCUUCAGCCAUCAGCUAUGGUGGAGAACGCUGGACUGUACAGACUACUAGAGUUUCUGCAGCCUCAGUAUUCUCUACCACCUUCUUCUUACUUACCAGCACUGCCAACCAACAUGUAUGAAAAGGUGAAGGAUGUUGUGCUGACACACCUGAAAGAGGCUGAAGGUGGUGUCGUCCACUUCACAACUAGUAUUUGGGUCAGUAGUCAGACAAGGGAAUACCUGACCCUCACUGCCCACUGGGCAACAUAUGAGUCAAGUGUCAGACCUCAGGGUCAGGACUUUCAUUGCUCCGCUCUCCUAAGUGUCUCUCAAAUAGAUUGUGAUCAUGAUAUGCAUGACAUCCCUAAACAGCUUGAAUACCUGUGGGAUUCUUGGAUCACUUCAUCAGGGCUGAAAAAGGGGUUCACUGUAACCGAUAACAACACCAUCAGAAACAUUUUAGAGGACCAUGGCCAUGUCACCAUGCAGUGUUUUGGACAUACUAUAGACCUCAUUGUUAGCGAAGCCAUAAAGAGCCAGAGAAUGGUUCAGAACCUUCUGAGUAUUGCACGAAAGAUCUGUGAACGUGUGCAGCGCUCAGCGCAGGCCAAGGAGAAGCUUGCUGAGCUCCAGAGGGUUCACCAGUUGCCAGAGAACCAGCUGAUUCAGGAUGUUCCUUCUAAAUGGAGGACCUCCUUCUUCAUGCUGGAGCGGCUGGUGGAACAGCAGAAAGCCAUUGACGAAAUGUCAAUUGAGUGCAAUUUCAGGGAAAUAAUCAGCUGUGAUCAGUGGGAGGUGAUGCUGUCAGUCUGCAAUGCACUGAAACCUUUUGAAGUCGCCUGCAGGGAGAUGAGCAACCGCACUGCCACUCUGGGACAGGUCAUACCACUCAUACACAUCCUCAACAGAAAGAUAGACAUGCUGUUUGAUGAGACCGUGGGCAUAGAUACCAUGCUGAAAUCUCUGAAGGAAGCCAUGGUCAGCAGAAUGUCCGCAACACUGCAUGACCCACGAUACACCUGGGCCACCAUGCUGGACCCACGAUAUAAGACUUCAUUGUUCACAGAGGAAGAAGCGGAGCGUUGUAAACAAGACCUAAUCCAAGAACUGGACUUGUCCUCUUCUACCUCAGAUGGAGUUGAGUUGCCACUGGCCAACGGCUGCAGUGAGCUCCCAAUGUCGUCCGAUGCCUCCGACUCAAACAAGGAAAGCCUCGGUCUCUAAUGGCUGAUGUUCGACAACCGCUAAAAAAACGAGGAAAAGUCCAAGUCUUCAGAGCUGGCAGUGCUGGAGUACCUUGAGGAAGACAUACUCGAUCAAAGCUGUGACCCCCUUGACUAUUGGAACUUGAAAAAGUUCCUGUGGCCCGAUCUUGCCAAAGUAGCUGCCCGAUACGUGGGCUGCCCUCCCAGCAUCAUCCCAGCAGAAACACUGUUUAGCACAGCAAGCGUCAACUGUGCCCUAAAUCAGCCCAGGCCUUUACUGGAAAACAUGGAGGGUCUGCUAUUCCUCAAGGUUAACCUCCCUUUGAUUUAUUUUCAGUACUGAUGAAUUUUGAGCGUUAACUUGAACACCCUUUAACAAGGACCAAGUUACAUAGCUGUGAAAUAGGGUUUUUAUGUUGAGCAGAAAUGUAAAAUAUCAAUUUAUACACUGAUUCGCAAUGCAAAGGCCAGACUUGGAGGAUUUAUUGUAUUCUGAGUACUACUGUUAAACACUUUAGAGCUGUUGUGAUAAAAAAAAAAAAAAGUCUCAGUCAAAAGUGUAUCAGGGAGGGAGGGUUUUUCUAGCUGUAGGGGUUGGUGACGUGUUUGCUUGUAAAUCAAUGUUUUACUGUUUUGUGUCUACUCUCUCCUUGUGCCUUAUCCAAAACUACUUCAGGUCAAGAUGCUGUAAAUAUUUUGUUAAAUUGCGCAGAUCAUGUCAGGAUGCUUUUGAUUAUUAUAUGGAUUAAGGAUAGAUACAGUUGUUUUCUGAAUGAAACAUGGCCCAAAAAUAAAUGCUGUGACUGAAAGUUGUGUUAAGUUAAUGUUAUUUAAUUUUCAUUGUGAAGUUGUGGCUCAUGGUACUGUCAUUUAGAAAUAGACCUUUUUUUACUUCCUUGCUGAAAUGUUUUAAUAAGAUUGUGUAUAAUAUUGCUGUAUUUUCAGAAUAAGCAGUUUGUCUGGAAUAUACAAUUUGUCUCUUAAGCACAAUUUUAGUUUAUGUCCAGGGGAUUAAAUUAUGGGUUUAUUAUUGAGUAAAACAAUGUACUGUACAUUUUUAUAUUAAAUUACUUCUGAACCUAAUUUGAUAAAUGUUUUAGCAUUGAGACUGGAACCAUGCAAAUUUUGUGGUCAUUUGUAAAUAAAGGUUUUUCCUUAUGCGAUA